AAUAAUAACAAUAACAAUAAUAAUAACAAUAACAAUAACAAUAAUAAUAACAAUAAGAAUAACAAUAAUAAUAACAAUAACAAUAAUAAUAACAAUAACAAUAACAAUAAUAAUAACAAUAAUAAUAACAAAAAUGAUAACAAUAACAAUAACAAUAACAAUAAUAAUAACAAUAACAAUAACAAUAUAAAUAAUAACAAUAACAAUAACAAUAACAAUAAUAAUAACAAUAACAAUAACAAUAACAAUAACAAUAAUAAUAACAAUAACAAUAACAAUAACAAUAAUAACAGUAUCAAUAAUUAUAACAAUAACAAUAACAAUAACAAUAACCAUAAUAAUCACACUAAUAUUAAUAACAAUAACAAUAACAAUAAUAAUAACAAUAACAAUAAGAAUAACAGUAAUAAUAACAAUAACAAUAAUAAUAACAAUAACAAUAACAAUAACAAUAACAAUAACAAUAAUAAUAAUAAUAUUAACAAUAACAAUAACAAGAAUAAUAACAAUAACAAUAAUAAUAACAAUAAUAAUAAAAAUACCAAUAACAAUAAUAAUAACAAUAACAAUAACAAUAACAAUAACAAUAACAAUAACAAUAACAAUAACAAUAACAAUAACAAUAAUAAUAAUAAUAACAACAAUAAUAACAAUAAUAAUAACAAUAACAGUAACAAUAACAAUAAUAAUAACAAUAAUAGUAAUAACAAUAACAAUUACAAUAACAAUAACAAUAAUAAUAACAAUAACAAUAACAAUAACAAUAACAGUAUCAAUAAUUAUAACAAUAACAAUAACAAUAACAAUAACAAUAAUAAUAAAAAUAACAAUAACAGUAAUAAUAACAAUAAUAAUAACAAUAAUAGUAAUAACAAUAACAAUAAUAAUAACAAU